CUUUAUCAGAUCUGAACUUGUUAAGAAGCCUGUCGCGCAUCUACAUUGAAGCUUGAAAAUUCGGAGGGCCGAACCUCGGAGAGUGCUUAACAAUCAUUUCAAGAGUCUGUCUGACUUCAUCUCUCUCGAAGCAGACACAUCGCCAAUCAUGGUGCCCCCGUUGUAUCCGGACUAUCCUCCGGAGCUAUCUUCAGCGCAGGAACAGUAUCUGCUGUCGAACCUCAAAGACUGGUCUAUCGCACAUGGUCUAGCAGUCCGGCCAGCCCCAUCAUUUGUUCCCACAUCCCAGGAUCCUUCCGGGGCUCUAGCUACUACGGCGCCAGUAACUCUUUUUCCAAGUCUCUUCCCGCGCGCUUGUUUUGAAGAAGCCCUUGCAAUCCAAAAGGCUUACAAUGAACUCUACUCCGCAAUUGCACGGGACGAGGAAUGGUUGCAAGCCAUAGUAGAAGAGCUGAUCGGCAUUGAUGAUUUUGUGGGCAAGCUCUGGCAGACACACCUUGAGGUGAAAAGAGAAGGAUAUGUACAGGACUUGUCCCUUGGCCUAUUCCGUUCGGAUUAUAUGGUUCAUUCUGAGCCUUCUACUGCGUCUCCUUCCAUUGGUCUUAAGCAAGUCGAAUUCAAUACGAUAGCUUCUUCAUUCGGAGGGUUAUCAUCGCAGGUCUCUAUUCUGCACAACUAUCUCCUCACGAUUGAUGCCUAUCCAGUAUCCGCUACUACCAUUCUCCGAAAGAGCUCUUUGGCACCAAGUGACUCUAGCUCUUCAUUAGCCAAGGGACUGGCUGCUGCACACAGCGCCUAUGGGUCACCCCGGACCAGUCACCCCAUGUGUGUGCUCUUCAUAGUUCAAGAUCCGGAGAGAAAUGUAUUCGAUCAACGACAUCUAGAAUAUGCUCUUCUCGCAGAAGGUGGAGUGCGUUCCUUUCGGCUGCCAUUUCAUCGAACUCUCCUAGACACCAGGCUAGAGGCCGACAGAACCUUAGUGUAUGUACCACCAAGCAUACCUUCGGCCGCAUACGAAGUCACAACUGUCUACUUUCGCGCCGGAUAUUCGCCCGACGACUACCCACGCACAGAGGAUUGGAGAGCCCGGUUCCACCUGGAACGGAGUAGGGCAAUUAAAUGUCCGAGCAUAUUGACUCAUCUUGCUGGGUGCAAGAAAAUCCAACAAGUUCUUGCAACCCCGCACUCACCACAUUUGAAGCAAUUCUUGCCAGAAGAUAACGUAGCUUCUCGCGUCCUCGCGACAUUUGCUCCAAUAUACCCACUGGAUGAGAGUCAGGCAGGAAUUGAGGCGAGGAAGCUGGCAACAGACCCGGAAUCGGCGAGUCGAUAUGUGUUAAAGCCUCAACGAGAAGGUGGAGGUAAUAACAUCUACCGGAAGGCUAUUCCCUUAUUCCUCGAAAGCCUCCCGGAGAAGAGCUGGCCGGCAUAUAUUCUUAUGGAAAUGAUCGAGCCACCGGUAUUGAAGAACGCCAUCCUCCGCAAUGGUGAGGUCCAACGGGGCGGGGUUAUUGGAGAGUUGGGAGUGUACGGGGUAUGCCUCUGGAGAAAUGGCUCUGGAGGAGACGCGGGGGAGGUACUCCAGAAUUGGGAGGCUGGGUACCUUCUGCGAACGAAAGGCAACCAAAGCGAGGAAGGCGGCGUGGCAGCCGGGUUCGGCGCAGUCGAUAGCUGCUGCUUGGUUGAUGCCUGAGGGACAGAUCUGCGAUGCAGCCAAGGCACAAUCCGG